AUGUCCGGUCAAAUUAUUGUUGUUGGUGGUGGACUUUCAGGCCUUUCUGCUGCUCACACGGUUUUGGAGCGUGGUGGAAACGUUUUAGUUCUUGAUAAGAACUCUUUCUUUGGCGGCAACUCAACGAAAGCUACGUCUGGUAUUAAUGGUGCUUUGACCAAAACUCAGAUAGCCCUCGGCAUUCAAGAUUCCGCUGAAAUGUUUGCUCAAGAUACAACACGAUCUGCUCGUGAUCUUGCUCGCCCUGAUCUUAUAAAAGUUCUUACCGGAAAUUCUGCUUCUGCUGUCGAAUGGCUUCAAGAAAAAUUUAAGUUAGACCUUUCUCUUGUAUCUCGAUUGGGUGGUCAUUCUCAACCACGUACUCAUCGUGGAAAAGAAAUGUUUCCAGGUAUGACUAUAACCUAUGCUUUAAUGGAAGGCAUCGAAGAAAUUGCUAAAAAACAACCUGGUCGAGUCCGACUCAUUAAGAAGGCACGUGCUACAAAGUUAAUUAAGGAUGGCGAGACUAUCGUGGGCGUGGAAUAUGUCAAAGAUGGCCAAACUUUCCAGGAAUAUGGCCCUGUGAUUUUGUCUACUGGUGGUUAUGCUGCUGAUUUCACGGAGGACUCUUUGCUUAAAAAGUAUCGUCCAGACAUAUACGAUUUGCCCACUACCAACGGUGAUCACUCUACAGGUGAUGGUCACAAAAUGAUUAUGGCCAUUGGGGGAAAGGCUACUAAUAUGGAAAAGGUUCAAGUCCAUCCCACAGGGUUGGUUGACCCAAAAGAACCUGAUGCAAAAAUCAAAUUUUUGGCUGCUGAAGCGCUUCGAGGUGUUGGUGGAUUAUUGUUAAAUGGUGAAGGAAAACGAUUCUGUGAUGAAUUAGGCCAUCGUGAUUACGUUACUGGCGAAAUAUGGAAAACCAAGGGACCUGUUCGCCUUGUUCUUAAUAGCAAAGCUUCAAAAGAAAUUGAAUGGCAUUGUAAACAUUAUGUUGGUCGCGGUUUGAUGAGAAAAUUUUCUGGUGAAGCAUUGGCAAAGGAAAUCGGUAUUCCUGUGUAUCAACUAGAAGCAACAUUUAAUGAAUAUAAUGAUAUUGCGUCUAAGAAAAAAGAUCCUUUUGGCAAGAAAUUUUUCCAUAACACUCCAAUCUCGAUAAAUGAUCAAUUCUACGUAGCCUUGAUGUCUCCCGUAUUACAUUAUACUAUGGGUGGAGUCGAUAUAAAUGCAGAUUCUGAAGUCAGAAAUGAGCAAGGAAAAAUCAUUCCGGGACUAUAUGCCUCUGGAGAAUUAGCUGGUGGUGUUCAUGGUGCUAAUAGGUUGGGAGGAUCUUCUCUUUUGGGCUGUGUAGUUUAUGGACGUGUUGCCGGUGAUUCCGCAUCCCGUUAUCUACUCCAGAAUUUGUCAUGUACAACUGCUAAUCGUCGCCUAGGACAGAUUGCUGGACAAUUGGCACCAUAUCAAGCAACUGUUUCUGUUGACCCUGCGAGUCAAAAAGUGAACUUGGAAAUUUCUUGGAGUCAACAAAAAGGUGGUAUAAGUCAAUACAUUCCAACUCAAACUUCACCAAGCCAGGAACCGACUCCAGAAAAUAAAUCAGAGGCACCACGUGAAAAGAAGGAAUAUACCGCUGAAGAAUUAGACUGUUGGGUAAUAGUUAAUGGUGAAGUUUUAGAUGUCACCAAUUUUCUCCCAGAUCACCCUGGUGGUAAAAAAGCCAUUCUAAUUUAUGCUGGAAAGGAUGCUACCGAAGAG